ACCACUAUGUGACCCUACAGGCGAAAAAUACAGAACAGUGGGGGAGGGGAAUCAACUCAGAGGCCAGAUACAUCAUGCCAGGAUUACUACUGUAGCCCAUUUACCAGAUCCAACCAACCCAAGGUCUUUGGCAUUUGUGCAUUAGAAACAUUAGUAAUUUUCUAACAAAGCUAAGAUUAUAAUGAUUGCAAUUCUUCAAGCUUGGAAUUCUGAUUCACUUCAAAUAUAUAUUACAGUGUAUCUUAUUCUUGAUUGAUGUAGAUGUUUAAUCAAACAACAUAAUUUUACCAUAUAAAGUGAUACAUAGGCCUACUUUAAAAUAAUAUCACACAAUAUGUUUUGUAAGGGUAACAAUAUAAUUAAUCAAUAAUCAUUGUUAUCACUCAAUUUAUAUUUGUCUUUUAAAAUUGUAAAAUGCAAUGUAAAAAUGACAAGCAGGCUUCCAAAGACAAUACAUGAAUCUAGCUACAAUGCUCUUUGGUUGUAGUUUUGCAGUGGCCAUGUUUUGAGACCACAUGUAGCCUACAUGUACAAGAAAUUAACUUGAGGCAAUAAGGGCUAAUAACCAUACUUUUUAAAUGGCACAAUAGAGGAAAUCAUUGAAGAGAGGUCAAACAAUGCCAUUCACGUGCAUUAUAAUUCACAUGCAUUAGAAUUGACUCUAUCUAUAAAGAACAUGACUUGUAGGCAAAAUAACAACAUCAUGGUCAUUUAGUUACAAUUUAGGCUACUGGAAGGAAUUUAAUGUUUUGAAUAAGCAGGUUCAAGGUCAGGUGCUGAUUUUUUCAUUGUAGGUCACGACAGUCUCUCUCUAUCUCUCUCUCACCCCUCUUUCUCUAUGCCGAUGAGUGCUUGCUGCUGUCUCUUUACGUUCUAUUCUCAGAAACGCUGAAAACUCAAUUGCAUACAUCCCCUGCUUUAGACCUCACGCUUCUUUAAACUUUACAUGCCACACAAUCAAUCGCCAGGAAUAGAUAUUUUAGACCGUUUCUGUUACCUUCGGAACGCAGUUACAGAUAGCACCGGUGGUCAGAACUUGAAGUAUGAUAAGCAAAAUGGGAGGAAAGUCGUCGCUUGCUUAUUGAGUUGCAGGCUCUCCUUGAGGAAGUGGAAGAGGUGGCGGCAACACUACGAGCUCACUCUCUGAGAAAGAGUGGGCCGAUCCUUACUAGAUACAGUACCUCCUCCAUCGAGGUGGGAUAAGAUACAGUACCUCCUCCAUCGAGGUGGGAUAAGAUGAGUAUAACCAGUGAUGAAGUGAACUUCUUGGUGUACAGAUAUCUUCAGGAGUCAGGUUUCUCCCACUCAGCGUUCACCUUUGGCAUUGAGAGCCACAUCAGCCAGUCCAACAUCAAUGGAACACUAGUGCCCCCUGCUGCCCUCAUCUCCAUCCUGCAGAAAGGCCUCCAGUAUGUGGACGCAGAGAUCAGCAUCAACGAGGAUGGCACAGUGUUUGAUGGGCGGCCCAUCGAGUCUCUGUCACUCAUCGACGCGGUGAUGCCAGACGUGGUGCAGACGCGGCAGCAGGCCUUCCGCGACAAGCUAGCCCAGCAACAGGCGGCCUGCGCCAUUGCAGCCACCGCCACAAGCAACCAAGCCAACGCACCAAAGAACGGAGAGGCCACCGUAAACGGAGAGGAGAACGGCACACACACCAUGUAUAACCACAGUGAGCCCAUGGAGAUGGAUGUGGACGUGGAGAUCCCAGCCAGCAAGGCCACGGUCCUCCGAGGCCACGAGUCAGAGGUGUUCAUCUGUGCCUGGAACCCUGUCAGCGACCUGCUGGCCUCAGGGUCGGGAGACUCGACAGCCCGGAUCUGGAACCUGAAUGAGAACAGCAACAGCAGCUCCACCCAGCUGGUGCUCAGACACUGCAUCAGGGAGGGAGGCCAGGACGUCCCCAGCAACAAAGAUGUCACCUCACUAGACUGGAAUAGCGACGGGACACUCUUAGCAACAGGAUCUUAUGAUGGAUUUGCAAGGAUAUGGACAAAAGAUGGUAAUCUGGCUAGCACCUUGGGCCAACACAAAGGGCCCAUAUUUGCACUUAAGUGGAACAAGAAAGGAAACUCUAUCCUCAGUGCUGGUGUAGAUAAGACGACAAUCAUUUGGGACGCACAUACAGGAGAGGCCAAGCAGCAGUUCCCCUUCCACUCAGCUCCAGCGCUGGACGUGGACUGGCAGAACAACACAACGUUUGCCUCCUGUAGCACAGAUAUGUGCAUCCACGUGUGUCGAAUGGGCAGCGACCGGCCGCUCAAAACCUUCCAAGGCCACACGAAUGAAGUCAAUGCUAUCAAGUGGGACCCGUCAGGGAUGCUACUAGCCUCCUGCUCUGAUGACAUGACUUUAAAGAUCUGGAGUAUGAAGCAGGACUCGUGGGUCCAUGACCUCCAGGCCCACAGUAAAGAGAUCUACACUAUCAAGUGGAGCCCCACCGGCCCCGGCACCAGCAACCCCAACUUCAACAUCAUGCUGGCUAGUGCCUCGUUUGACUCGACGGUGCGUCUGUGGGACGUGGAGCGAGGUGUGUGUAUCCACACCCUGACCAAACACCAGGAGCCCGUCUACAGUGUGGCCUUCAGCCCCGACGGGAAGCACCUGGCCAGCGGCUCCUUCGACAAGUGUGUACACAUCUGGAACACCAUGUCUGGAGCCUUGGUGCAUAGCUACAGGGGGACCGGUGGGAUUUUUGAGGUGUGCUGGAACAGCACAGGAGACAAAGUUGGUGCUAGCGCUUCAGAUGGAUCGGUAUGUGUUCUCGAGCUCCGAAAAUAGCAUCCUGGCAGUGACUUUGAAGAUGGACCCUGGAAUGUGCGGAAAAAAUGCCUUCUGCCAGCAGCAAACACACUCUCAUAGUUCAAAGCAGGACUGGCAACGUGGAGGACAACCUCAUAGGGUGGACACAGGAGACCAACAAAAUACUUUUUAACUGGCACAACCUACUGAAUGGCAGUUUGUGGAUUUGUGUCUCCUGUUUGAGACCACAAUGAAAAUCUGCAGGGUUAAUUAAUCCACAGGACUGGACUAAAUCCAAUAAAUGUUGUUCAGCCAUGUUUUAAAACGGGCCUAAAGAGGAAGUGAAAGGACCACCUGCCCCUGCUGUUAUUUGGCUAGGGCCUGAAUCAUGAGGAAGAAGGUUUGCAGAGGGAGAGGUCGGUGUGAGGAGAGACAGACCAGUGUUUGGGGUCAAAUUGUGAGAGAAAGGUUGUGUUUUAGAACUUAUCUAAGCACAUGUUAACCCUGUGGUGUCCUGAGUUGAGAAACAAUGUGGGAGACAUGAGUUAGUGCUGCACUGGCCUCCUCAAAUGAUGUGAUGUUUAAGUGGUCCUGAGUGGAAAAGGGUUUCUGUUUCAAGAGCACUUCUUGCUGACUUUUCUCAAAUGGACUUUUGAGAGUCAGAGUAACAAAAGGGCCCGCUAUGAGGUAGUUCUGUUCUCACAUUUAAUAACACCAUUUCAACAGAAAAAAACAGUUUAACUUUUAAUGAUGUUUAAUUCACAUGAGGAAAAAACAAAAACUUUACAAGAUGCAAAAAGUGGUGUAUAAGUAUUCUCCCUUCUGGAUGUAAAUUUUAUGAAUGUAAAGAUAUGUAAAUUAGAUGAAUACACAGACGUAUAUACUGUGUAUAUAUGUUUAUAUACAGUACACUUUGACGUCAUCCUCUAGAUGCUCAAUACUGGCUAUAGAUAUUGCCUUGUUUCUAUGCUGAUACUCAGUUCCAAGACCCUGAUUCAGUUUAAUGCAUGUCAGAUAGAUUCUCUGUUGUUGUCACCAUGUAUGUUCUUUUAUUCUGCCAAUUAUGUCAGGUUG